AUGUCGAUACGUAACAACCCUUUUGCCAGAAUGGCCUCGGCCUCGGCCUCACCUUCCCCAGGACCAGGCGACAGUCGGCCAAAGUCCACCCUUUUCUCUUCACCUUCGCCGCUUUCCAAUGUCUCGACACCGACGGGCCAUGCGCGCACACAGUCACAUACAUCCUUCAACCCCCCCUUGGCAUCAGCGGGCGGGUCGCAUCGGCAUUCACGGAGUGACUCGCGGAACGGCACGCCUCUAUCCAACACCUUUGCGCCGUCGUUCAUCAAGACGGAAGAAAUGCAGCGCGGUACCGGGGCCGACGCAGUGAAAGGCAUCGAGGGCGAGAAUGACUUCUCUGGCAAACGCUAUCAACGCGAGGUCGACGGCGACAGCGUCGACAAGGUCAACCCUGCCAAGUUCGACAAGGCAAACGAUAUGGCCGAAUUAACACACCUGAACGAAGCAUCGGUCGUUCACAACCUUCAAAUGCGAUACCAAGCCGACCUGAUAUACACAUACUCUGGCCUCUUCCUCGUCACCGUCAAUCCCUACUGCCCACUACCAAUCUACACCAAUGAAUACAUCAGUAUGUACAAAGGCAGGAGCCGCGAGGAUACGAAACCUCACAUCUAUGCCAUGGCCGACCAGGCUUUCCGGAACCUUGUAGACGAAGGCGAGAAUCAAAGUAUCCUGGUGACGGGUGAGUCAGGCGCUGGAAAAACCGAAAACACCAAAAAGGUUAUCCAGUAUCUCGCCGCCGUUGCGCACUCAGAGUCUCCGGCCAAGGCUCGAUCUCAGCAGUCCAACCUCUCUCAGCAGAUUCUUCGGGCGAACCCAAUUCUCGAAGCGUUCGGCAACGCGCAAACAGUCCGAAACAACAACUCUUCUCGAUUUGGCAAAUUCAUCAGAAUUGAAUUCAAUCGCAAUGGCUCGAUCGCUGGCGCGUUCAUUGACUGGUAUCUUCUCGAGAAGUCACGAGUUGUCGGAAUCAACUCACAUGAGCGCAACUAUCAUAUUUUCUACCAGCUCUUGAAAGGCUCCGAUCGAGCUAUGAAGCAAGAUUUUCUUCUGGACGGGCUGGACGUUGAGGAUUUUGCAUACACUCGUAAUGGCCACGAUACAAUCACCGGAGUUUCGGACCGUGCCGAGUGGGAGUCGCUCAUAGAGGCAUUCGACGUUAUGAACUUCUCCGACAAAGAUCAGUCUGCUAUUCUUCGUACAAUUGCUGCUAUCCUGCACCUUGGAAACAUCUCAGUUGUCAAGGAAAGCCGUGCCGCCGAUCAAGCAAGGCUGGCCCCCGAUGCCAAGGAGCAAGCCGCGAAGGUCUGUAAGUUGCUCGGAGUUCCCCUAGAGCCAUUUCUCAAGGGCCUCCUUCACCCAAGAGUCAAGGCUGGUCGGGAAUGGGUUGAGAAAGUACAAACACCCGAACAAGUUCGGCUUAGUCUUGAUGCUCUCGCCAAAGGUAUCUACGAACGCGGCUUUGGUGACUUGGUCACUCGCAUCAACCAACAGCUUGACAGAACCGGUAUGGGCCUCGACGACUCGCACUUUAUCGGCGUGUUGGAUAUCGCUGGUUUCGAGAUCUUUGACGACAACAGCUUCGAGCAGCUGUGCAUCAACUACACGAACGAGAAGCUGCAGCAAUUCUUCAACCACCACAUGUUCGUGCUCGAGCAAGAGGAGUACGCUCGCGAACAGAUUGAGUGGCAGUUCAUCGACUUCGGACGUGAUCUACAGCCCACGAUUGACCUCAUUGAGGUUUCGAAUCCCAUCGGCAUCUUCUCGUGCCUCGAUGAAGACUGCGUCAUGCCUAAAGCCACCGAUAAAUCGUUCACGGAGAAGCUCAACUCGUUGUGGGACAAGAAGUCAAACAAGUACAGAUCCUCCCGACUCGGCCAGGGCUUCGUGCUCACACAUUACGCCGCCGAGGUUGAGUACUCAACACAGGGCUGGCUGGAGAAGAACAAGGAUCCAUUGAACGAUAACAUCACGCGGCUGCUUUCAGAAUCCACGGACAAGCACGUUGCCAACCUCUUCGCGGAUUGCGCUGAUACAGACAACGAUGCCACUGGUGGUCGGAGCCGCGUCAAGAGAGGUCUAUUCCGCACCGUCGCCCAGCGACACAAGGAGCAGCUGCAUAACCUGAUGACCCAGCUCCAUUCAACGCAUCCCCAUUUCGUUCGGUGUAUUCUGCCCAACCACAAAAAGAAGCCUAAGCAAUUUAACGGGCCCUUGGUGCUGGACCAAUUGCGAUGCAAUGGUGUUCUAGAGGGCAUCCGCAUCGCGCGAACUGGUUUCCCGAACCGUCUCCCCUUCGCAGAAUUCCGCCAGCGUUACGAGGUGCUCUGCCGAGAUAUGCCACAUGGGUAUCUCGAGGGCCAGGCUGCUGCUGCCUUGAUGUUGGACAAGCUCUCACUGGACAAGACGCUUUACCGUGUAGGCCUUACGAAGGUCUUCUUCCGUGCUGGUGUUCUUGCUGAGUUGGAGGAGCAGCGCGAUGCACUGAUCACCGACAUCAUGGCAAGGUUUCAGUCUGUGGCUCGAGGUUACAUCCAGCGCCGGAUUGCGUUCAAACGGCUAUUCCGGACUGAAGCCACGCGAAUCGUGCAAAGAAACUUCCAUGUUUAUCUCGACUUAGUAGAUAGUCCCUGGUGGCAGCUCCUCGUCAAGAUGAAGCCGCUUCUCGGGGCAACUCGAAGCUCCACUGAGGUGAAGAAGAAGGACGCAAUGAUUCGUCAACUCCACGACAAAAUCCAACAAGAAGCUUCAGACCGCCAAAGGCUGGAAGACGAGAGGAGAAAUGUCCAUACCGAGAUGCUUCGUGUUCAGAAAACGCUUGAGAGCGAGAGAGCUCUGGCUCUUGAUAAAGAGGAGAUAUUCAAACGCCUGCAACUGCGCGAAACCGAACUUGAGGAGAAGCUCGCAGGCGCUAUCGACGACCAAGAGCGCCUUGAGGAUCAACUGGACGAUCUGCUCGCUGCCAAGAAACUAGCUGAGCAGGACGUCGAAAAGUAUCGAUCACAGCUCGAGCAGGCUGCCUCGCUCAUUGCUCGUCUCGAGGAUGAAAAGGCACACCUCUCCAGGCGUACUGUCGAGCUUGAAGCAUCCAUCGAGGAAACUUCCCACAAGCAAUCGGAAAGGAGUGAGCAAGAGGCAGCCUUGGAAGAUGAAAUCAAGAUGCUUCAAAGUCAGCUCGCACUCAAGGAUAGGAAAGCUCGGGACCUGGAAGGCAAACUGCUCCAGGUUGACCAGGACCUGGGCGUCAAGCUCAUGUCGACGCAGAAGGACUUGCAAUCAGCCAAAUCCAAGGAAUCGCAGCUCCUUCACGAGAACCGGAACAUACAGCAGCAGCUCUCCCAACUCUCCAAAACCUCGACCGAUUACGAAGACCUUGUUCGUAAGAAGGAAAGUGAACUUACUUUCAUCCGAAGCGAGAAUAAGAAAUAUGAACUGGAGCGACGUUCGUUCGAAGAGCAGAAGAAGGCAAUGGCUGCAGACAAGGAAAAGAUAUCCGCUAGGCUACACGAUGUUCAAGCCGAAAUCACGGCUAUGAAAACGCAGAAGUUGCAACUCGAACGAGAAGCCGAGGACGCCAAGAAGCUACUUGAGGCGCGCCUUUCUGAAGACGCGCAGGCCGACGAGAACCGCCAAGUUCUCGAAUCUCAAAUCAAGGAUCUCAAGGACCAGCUGUAUGGCGUUCAGGUGGAGCUGAGUCGGGAACGACAGUCUCGUGACGACGUUCUGCUGCUUAGCGACCAUAAGUACAACGCCUUGAAGGAAGAAUUUGAUGGCUUGAACGAGUCCAAGAUCAUCAUCGAAAAGGAGCUCUAUGUCCAACAAGAUACGUUGCGCAGAACCAUGGAGGCUCGUGCGACGGCAGAAUCAGAGCGAGAUGAGGCUCGGCAGGAAAUCAGACGUCUCCGAGUGGCCAAGACGCAAGCGGAGGAGGCACGUAUCCAGGCGGAGGUGGCUGGAGAGCGAGCCGCAUCGCGCGUCGCUCGGGAACGUGAAGAGAGUCUCCGCGGGGACUUGACUGCUGCCCAGGAACGUCUGACUUGGUUUGAGGAAGAGUGUGCAAAGCUCAACCACCAAGUCGAAGAUCUCAACAAGCUCAUCUUGUCGUCAGGAGAGUUCGGCCUCAAGAAUGACCAGGCUAAAGAAAGACUCGAGCGUGAGCUCACCACGGUCAGAAGCCGACUAACAGCAUCCGAAAACGACAACAGGGCUUUACUCAAUAAGCUGCAGCAGAAGGGUCUUGAAAUCGCACGCUCCACUUCAAGGGCCAGCGACGCUUCCCGUGGGCAGGUUCUUUCUUUGCAGCGUGAGAAAACCCGCAUUGAGGAGCAGAACGUGAAGCUUAACAAGCAACUCGGUGACGCACAACUCAAGAUCGCUGGCCUGGAAAAGAAGGCAGAAAAGUUGCAGCUCAACGUGGAGGAUCUCAACCAUGAAGUUGCCAGAGAGACCAAACAGUCACGCAAUGCCGAGAAAGCUACGUCAACCUCAGCUGCUCAACUUGCCGAAGUAAACCGGGCUCUGGAUUCGGAGAAACAGCUCCGUGGCCAAGCUCAAAGCACAGUUCGGACGCUGCAAUCGACUUUGGACUCCAGAGAGAAGGAGCUGGAGGAGCUGCGUACUCAAAUGUUGCAAAUCCUCAAGACCGUGGAGCCUGAUGCCAUGCCUCCCAUGCAGGAUGACAGCACUCAAGACCGGAAUAUUGCACGAAACUAUGACCUUGUCCGCAAGGUAGAGGAUUUGCAGCAAAAUCUUCGCGUACAGGCUACGGCAAGGGCCAAUGCCGAAUCGCAGCUUGCCGAUCUACGCGCAGCACGGUCUGAAUCGCCCAUGCGGCCGAAGCUUGAGGAGAUCCAUCCUAAUGAGGCUCCCUUCACCGGUUCACCAACGCAAAGGCGGUCAAAGGCACACGCCCGAAAGAUUUCCAACACCUCGACUCCCACUCGUCGGCACGCGCCCAUUGAUAGUGAAGGUCUCGAUUCGGCUCGCUCGGACCGCACUGCAGAUCUCUUAAGCUUCAACAACCGUAUGGAUCUCAAGACUGAGGUCGAGGAGCUCCAAAAUCAGCUACAGUUGGCUCAUAUGCAAAACCGUCAUCUUCAGAGCCAAGUGGACCGCAGCACCCCCGUUCCAGAGACGUACUCUGACGAAAGCCCUUCCAUGCGUCGCAUGCAAAAACUGGAACAGGCCAACUCAAGACUCCACGGUAUGCUCGACGACUCGACUGCCAAGGUCUCUGCUCUUGAAAAGAGCAUCCGCAGCGGAGAACUUUCGCUGCGCGACAUCCAGACCCGCUCACAUGAGGAGAUUCUUGAUGUGCUCAACAGCCAAGAGGAUUCACGAAGGUCUCUGCUACAUAGCCACAAGAACGCUGUCUCGGAGCUCACCGACGUGAAGACCUACUUUGAGAAGAUGCGUCACGAGCGAGCCCGCCUUGAAGUCGAACUACGCGACUCCAAGUCGGACCUGCAAGAAAUGACCAUGGCCAGAGAGCAAGAGGCCGCCAGCCGCAGCCAGUUACUGGAAGAGUUUUCUGAUCUUCAGAUUCGCCUAGAUACCGAGACUUCGAAGCUGGCAGAUCUAUCGUCAAGCCUCAACCUCUACAAGGGCCGCUCUGACGAGUACUUCAGCAAGCUUGAGCAGGCAGAGAUUGCUGUGCUCAAAGCCAGCCGGGCUGAGCAGUUCGCGAAGGCCCAGGCUCGAGAGGCAGAAGAGACGUGCGCGGAAGCGAUGGCGGAACGCAAGAAGAUGGAUGGCAUCAUCGAGGACCUUCAGCGCCAGAGCCAAAGACUCGAGGAGAAGGUGGAGGAUGUGUCGACUGACCUCGAUGCCGCAAUGCAAGCCAAGAAGAGACUGCAACACGAGCUUGAAGACUACCGGAACCAGAGAGCCAACGAAAUCGAGGACAAGGAAUCAAGCCUGGAACAGACACGUAAAAAGUACCAGGCCGAGUUUGCGACUCUCACGAAGGAACUUGACCUAGCUCGCGAAGAGAAGCUAUUCAAGCAGGCGGAGAUCACUCGCCUUAGGGAGGAGUUGGAUGACCUUCGAUCCAAGUGGGAUGAUGAGGUUCUCAACAGCUCAACUUGGUCAAAGGAGAAGGCGCGACUCGAGUCGACUCUGGCCGACGUUGUCUCUUCCCGCGAUGAAGCCGUCAACGCCCAUGGCGAGGCCCAGAGCAAGGUGGUGUCCCUCCUCUCGCAAGUCCGGACGCUUCGCACGUCUGUCGACGAUGUGACCUCGGAGCGGGACCUGCUCAUCCGAGAGAAACGCAGUCUUGAGGCGCGUUUCGAGGAGGCUAAGGCUGGCCUUGAGGAUCUCGCCAAGGGUGAUAGCCCGUCACUCCGGGAUGCGGCCAACGCUGACAAGGAGAUUUUGGAUCUCAAGUCAAGCUUGGCGCAAAAGGAAGAUAUCACAGCUGCAGCGAUUGAAAAGAUGAGGCGCGCUGAAUCGCUUGCCUCUGAGAUGCAGAAGGAGGCUAUGGUCGAGCGUGAGACCAGCGCCCAGCUGCAGAAGGCCAAGGCAGCCCUGGAGAAGUCACUCAACGAGGUGCAGAUCAAAGUCGUUGACCUGGAGACCAAGGGGUACUCCAGCGCCAGCAACGACAUCAAAUUCUUGCACAAACGUAUCCAAGAGCUGGAAUCGCAACUCGAAGACCAGGAAACGGAGAGGUCCAAGUCGCAACGAUCGGUGCGUAACGUUGACCGUAUCGUCAAGGACUUGCAAAGUCAGAUCGACCGCAAGGACAAGCAAAACUCGCAGCUAUCAGACGAUGUUUCGCGGAUGCGUGACAAGGUCGACAAGCUGCUGCAGACCAUUGAGGAAUUGCAGUCGGCCGAGUCUGCGAUCGAACUGGCGGCUCGCCGGGCGGAGCGCGAACUUCGCGAGGAGAAGGAGAGAGCCCUGCGUCUCGAGAGGGAGGCAGAAGGCCUACGGUCGAUGAGGAUGGAGAUGGGGUCCGUCAUGGGCGGUAGCAUGCGCACGCGUGCUCCACCCAACAUGUGGCGGACGGGCUUUGGUAUCGACGAUGAUAGGAACUCCAUGAUCGACGUGCCUAAGCGGAAGAGCAGCAUUAGUCGUGCGCCGAGUCUGACCAAGGGGUUCCUGUAA